AGUGUGGUAAUAUCGUCGUCGUCGGAGCGUUCACGAGCUGAGAGAAAUCAAUCAAUCACAGAUCUGUUUCGCAUCUUCAUCUUCUUCGAAAGAUCAAACACCAUGGCGAUCCCCUUAGCUAAGCUUCUGAUCUCCGCCGUUGCGGUUUUCAUGCUCGUCUCCGCUUCGUUCGCGACCUCGGAAAUGCCGUUCAUGGUGGUUCACAAGAAAGCUACUCUCAACAGGCUCAAAUCCGGCGCUGAGCGUGUCCUGGUUUCCUUCGACAUCUACAACCAAGGAUCUGCGACGGCGUAUGAUGUGACUCUGACUGAUAACACCUGGGAUAAGAAAACUUUUGAAGUUGUUAAUGGAAACACAUCAAGAUCAUGGGAGAGACUUGAUGCAGGAGGUAUUCUGUCUCAUUCUUUCGAAUUAGAGGCUAAGGUUAAAGGACUCUUCUAUGGUGCUCCUGCUGUGGUUACUUUCCGCAUCCCCACAAAGGCAGCUCUACAGCAAGUGUACUCAACUCCAAUACUACCUCUAGACAUCCUCGCGGACAUUCCUCCAACAGACCCGCUUGCCCUGGUAAACUUGAUUUCUUAUGAGUUGUUCUUUCAAUCAUAUCCUAAACGUAUUUUUCCUCAUCUCAUUAAUUAACUUUCAUUAUUGUCUUGUGUUGUGUAUUGGAUGCUGCUCUUGGUGCUGCUCUAAUAAUCUCAGGCAAAGAGGGUGCUGGCAAAAUAUGGAUCACUUGUUUCAGUGGUCUCCAUGGUGGUUUUGUUCGUAUACUUGGUAGGAACACCUUCAAAGUCCAAUGCAGCAAAAGCGAGCGGCAAGAAGAAACGCUAAAAGUAGUGAGACGAUAAUGAGAAAGAUCUGCAUUGUUCGUUGUUGUGUUUAGCAGUUAAAGCACAGUUUCCGAACUUGUACGAAUUAGAGAAUAUACUUGAUUUUGGUGUUGCAGAGGACUAUUUAAAGAGUUAUUUUGGUUUGCGUGAUAA